ACAAUUAUUUUUCCUUUCAAACAAUAAACAAAUAAAUUUUCUUAACAAAAAAACAAUUUUCUUCAUCAUCUGCCUUGAAUUUAGCCGGAAAACCGCCUUAUCUUUUAUUUAUUUUCCACCUUCCAAUUCGAUUAGUCCACUCUUGUUUUUUUAUUCGUUUGUUUGAUUGUGCACAAAACAAAAUACAAUGGCUGUCGUGUCAGUUGUCGUAGAAUUCGUACGCAGUUUGCUACUUUUAGAAAAAAAUUCUUAAAAAUUUUGCCGUGUCGUGCAGUGAAAUGUUAUAAAAUUGCAUAACCUCAUUUGGCCAUAACCUUAAAUGGCAAUAAAAUGGAAAUUGGAACAAAAAAAAAUAUAUUGCAAUCUUCAUAAACUUGGAAUUAUUAGUUAAACACCGAUAUAUAUGGAUGAUAAAGAAGAAGAGCAAAUACACUUCGGCUAAUUUGUUUCAUAUAAGAAUUUUUCUCUGUGGCGGCUUUCGUUAGUGGAACAAUAAGUCGUUAAGGCAGUGCUUAUUUCGAAUGUGGAAUUGCUUUCUCAAUACGAAAAUCAAUUGUGCUUUAAUUUAUUAUGGAUAAUCAUGGCUAUGGUGGCAUACAGUGGAUACAACACCACUCUAGUAAUCACUCUUCCUCCCAUACGGGAGAUAUGAAAACUGCUGGUCAGUUGCUAAUCGAUCCUCAGCCACCGCGUGAAGAGGAUCUUAUGGCCAGUGCCACCAAUUCUUCUGGAGACUUUAUGCACACCGAAGAUGAAACGGACUCAGCAACUAUUGCCCAAAUUGCGGCUGAAAAUCUUAUAUUUAUGGCACGCGAUGGUCAAAUGAUGACGGAAAUUAUAACAAAUGCUACGACGGAUGCCAACGGAACAGUGGUUGUGACUGCCAGUGAUGGCGAACAAAUUGACUGCGAUAGCAUUAUGGAACAAGCUGCCUUAAUUCAACAGCACGAAGAUGCUGGUGGUGGAGUGUAUAGUGUAGAACAUUUUAGCGAGAAUACACCGCAAAUGGUAACAGAAGAGGUCAUCACCGAUGAUUGGGUGCAGCAUCAGGGAGAAGAAAGAGUUGAAAUACCAGCUGAACAAAUAAUUGGUUCAAGUUCUCAAGUGCUGCUCGAUAUUGAAGUGCCCCUGCCAACUGUACAAGAUGAAUAUACUGCCCUGCGUCCGUAUCCCUGUGACUUUUGUAGUCGACGUUUUCGUAAAAAAGCAAGUCUAAUGAAUCAUAUGGUGGCUCAUCAAACAGACCGGCCACAUUUGUGUAAAUUAUGUGGAGCCAGAUUUCUAAGAAGACAAGAUCUCAUAAAUCAUCUAAAAGGACACGCAGAAGAGCCCACAGAACCGCAAAUUGAUGAUAGUGAUUUCAUACAUUUUGUUACCGAUACCACUUCUUCCUCACAACGCACUUCCAAUGAUCAUUAUUAUGAACAAGAUUGGAGUGUACCAGAAGAUUCAGUAACUAUACCAACAAAAUCUAGUCGUAAACAUCAACAACAACAAUUACAACAUAUUACCUCCAUUUCUAAUCAACCAGUAAUGAUGGAAAAUACUAUAACAACAACCUCUUCUUGCAUUACACAAGAUGCAGUAACAACUCAGCAAACUACAACCGCGCCGCCCAGAGGACGUAUAAGUCGUCUGAAGCCUAAAGAGGAUACUUCCUAUGUGGUUGAAGUAGCCAAUAAUUGUUCAUCAAGUGAAAUGAUUAUAACUUCGGCGUAUAGCAUUGUAGAGUGCGAUACUUUGUCUGCCAAUACGGCAGCUGUUAAACUGUCUCAGGAUAAUACACCCGCUCUGAAUGAAAAUGAAGAAGAACAUAAUGUUCUACACUAUCCCGUAAUAGACGAUAGUAAACCAUUUGUUUGUCAACAAUGUGGUUUGGCAUUUUCCCGGGAAAAAGCCAUGUUAGCGCAUACUAAGACCCAUCGCAAUGACUCCCCCUUUGAGUGCCCUCAAUGUAACGAAUUGUUUUGGGAUCAAAAUAGUUUACAGGAUCAUCAGAAAACCCAUCAAUUUGAAGAAAGUAACUCGGAAUAUGAUCCCAAUGAAGGCGAAGAUGAAACACAAACAGAAUCAGAGUCCGAACAACAAUUAUAUGGUGAAUUUUAUUGUAGUGAAUGUGGCAUGUCAUUUCAUCGUCAGGAUCUAUUAAAACGACAUGCUAAAAGUCAUCCCUCAGGUAAUACCGCAAACAUUAGUCAAUCUACAAAUAAUGGUUUGGAAAGUAGCAGUAGAGAUCAACAUUGUUGUAAUACAUGUGGAGAAACGUUUGCCGAGGCUUUAGAUUUAUUAGCACAUGCUGAAAUACAUGCACGUUACCCGCCUUUUAAAUGUGUCUUAUGCGGUGAAUCCUUUUUCGAAGAAACCACCAUCAAAAAACAUCUACAGUCACAGCAUCCUAAUGAAAUCACUGAAAACUCUUGUAUCUUAUGUGGCAAAGAGUGUCGUGAUCGCAAGGCUUUAAUGAAACAUGCCUGGGAUCAUUCACGUGAAAAAUGUCACUCUUGCUCGAAAUGUGGCAAAAAUUUCCACAAUAAAGCCCGCCUUAAACGUCACAUGGCCUCACAUCGUGAUAAAUCCGUUCAAUGUGAUGUUUGCCAUGAAGAGUUUCCCGAUGGUCGUACUCUAUCCAAUCAUCGUCAUUCACACAGUGCUACUUCGGCGGGAAAACUAUUUCCCUGCCAAGAAUGUGGUAAAACCUUUGGCUCUCGCAGUUCUCAGCAGAUACAUGUACGCAUUCACACCGGCGAAAGACCUUAUGGUUGUCGUUUUUGUUGGAAAGCUUUUGCUGAUGGUGGUACACUGCGUAAACAUGAACGUAUUCAUACGGGAGAGAAACCGUAUGCCUGUUCCGUUUGUCCGCGUGCUUUCAAUCAACGUGUUGUCUUGCGUGAGCAUAUACGUUCACAUCAUUCGGGUUUGGAUGCUAAACGAGGAACUUAUUACUGUACAGUUUGUGGUGCUGAGUUAUCCUCAUCGGGUGAUCUAAUACAACAUUUAAUACAACACAGUGAUAUGAAUACUGCCAUGCAAAGGCAACCCGUGACUGGUCCCCGCAAAUAUAAACGUCGACGCAAAUUGAAGCCCCAUGAACUGGCACGACUAAAGCGUGAGGUCAAACAUAAUGGUGGUACUGGCAGUGAUAUUGAUUUAUCCGAUUUUGAUAUAGACAAUGUAGACGAUCUACUGGCAAUGACAACAGACAGCAAUACUGCCACUGAAACGGUAACAACCAUAAAUCAGGAACCAACAAACAUCUCCCUACCGGGAAAAGCAACAAAGCGAAAAAAUGCCUCCUCUACCUCUACCCCACACUCCGAAAGCAAUAAUAAUAGUAAAACAAAAGCAGCCAGCAACAAUAAGACCAACAAAACACACAUUUUAGAAGAUCAAGAAGACUUUGAUUUAGAUGUAGGUUUAGAUGAGGGUAAUGAUGAAAUUAAGAAACAACGUUAUAAUUCUUCAAGUAGUGAUAAAAUCUGGCCAACAAAACAGACUGAUGACACAUACAAAACCUUGCUGUCAAAUUUAGAAACAACAACUUUGUUAUCCAGCAUAGACACCUUGGUGGUGGGACCCUCAACAAAAUCCUCUUCCCAUAGCCUAGAAAAUAACACAAUUGAUCCUCAAGCUCGCCAAACAAAGCGUAAAAUUAAGCAAGAGUCCAGCUCAACGGCUCAGAGAACUCAACAGGUGCAAUUAACAAGAGCAGACAAAGAUUCCUCUACUGCCACACAUAGCAGAGGUCGUAAAAGUAAAACUGCCACCAACAAACAAAGCAAAGGACCACAAAUGAUACAUACUGAAAAAUCUACUAUAACAACAACGUCAGACAAUGCUGGGGGAUCGGGCAAAAAGAAAACAAAAUCAAUUAUUACCAGAACUCAAACUACAACUUUAGAUUUACUGCCAAAAACUUCGGCCAUAGUAGAUGAUUAUGACAUUAUAUCGCCUGCCUUGCAGCCACCAAAACAAAUCAGCUCUAGUCCUUUGCAUAUAAAACAGGAACAAGAUAAUCACAAUCACAAUUAUCACCAUAACCAAUCCCACCAACAACAGCCGCAGCAUCAUUUAAUGAAAAAUCCUCCAAAUACAAAUCACAGUACAUCUGCCCGAACCCAGUCCAAUACCCGCCAUACAAACGCCAAUGAUCUCUAUGAUGCCCACUUAUUGCUGGAGGCUUCAUGUCUACGCAGCGAUCUAGAUGAAAUUCUAAGAUCACCCUCUAAGUCAUCGGAUAAAUCACGUCAACGUUUUACCAGUGAAUCAUCUACACAAUUUUUAGCCGAACAAUCCGAAGAAGAGCAACAUUUGAUAAAAAUUGAACCCACUUCGCCAGAUCUGAGGGAAAUCGUUAAUGGAGCUAGUUCAGUUAGUACCAGUGCAGCACAAGCAGACCUGGAACUGGAAGUUACCAACAGUAAAAGUCGUAAAAUUAAUAAAUCUUCUAGAAUUUCGAAAACAAAUCGUAAAUUUUUAGCUUAUCUGGCUGCUGAUCUGAAUAGUGAUGAAACCUCUUCUAAUCUUAACAAAAGAACUUCUUCAAAUUCACUGCAUACAAUUCACUCCACAAAAUCUGCACGCACUGAACCAGCUAAAACUUUAAAAACUGUUCAAAAUCCCAGUACUACUACAUCGUACUUGGACUACACCAUGGUGGAUACAUUUAAUACGGUUACAAGUUCCUCUGCGAAUAAUAACAAUUCAUUCUCUUCCAUCUCGGCUGUAGUUUCGGCAGCCGAUGCUUCUGCAGCGGCUCAGCAAAAUUCCUCGGCGGCUGCUGUGCGUAAACCUCAGCGCUAUUUUGAGUGUGAAAUGUGUAGCGCCAUAUUUUCGGAUCGUGCUCAACUAUUGGACCAUGUGCCCAUACAUAUAUAAACGCUUUUAUAUUAUUACUACUGCAGAUAAAACUACAAAACAAUCAUUAUGCCACUAAUGUUAUUUAUACUCGUUUAUUGUAAUCAAUUGUUCUACAAACAUAGGUCGGCAUCAGAAAGAAAUGUGCUAAUUGCCUGUUCUAUGGAUUUAUUUAUUGAACUACAAUUAGUAUUUUUUUGUCAGAUUUUGAUUUUUUAAAAAAAUUUAGGCGCGACCAAUGUUUUAAAAAAACAACCACCACCAUAGUGCCAACAAUUCUUUUUUGUGUUCAAUUUAUAUAAAUAUCUUUUUGCUUUCAAACUUUGCUUUUGAUUUGCUUUUGAUUUUGUAGAUAAUUUUUAUUAGAUUAUUUUAUUUAAUUUUCUUUUCUUUCUUAAUUGUAUAUUAAGUGCUACUAUUUAAAAUAAUUUCCUUUAAAUAUGAAACGAAACACACAUGUAAUGUAGUUUUAGUUUUUAACUUUAGAAAAACCUUUCGUUACCUUUUAUUUAGGGUAAUUUAUUUUAUUUUAAUUAAUUCGCUAACAAAAUUUAAUUUGUUAUUUUCUUUUUAUUGAUUUAAGCUGUAAACAAAGAAAUUUUCAAAUUUUGUUGCUUAUUAAUCUGUUAAACAGAUUGUGUUUUUAAUUAAUAUAAUUCCCUUUUUUCUCUCAAUAUGAACAAUAAAGAACAAAAACAAUAUUUUGUAAAAUUAAAAAAAAAAAAAAAUAAUACCAAUUGGAAAUUAUUGAAGAAACUUUUCUUAAGUCAUUAAAAAAAUUUAAAGGAUAGAUUGCGGAUUUUUUUUAUCAUAAUUCAAUUAUUAAAUUUUCAAACAGUUAAUGAAAACAAGUUUUAAUUUAAAACAACAAUUUUGAGAUUAUUCCUUUUUCAUAUUUAAUGGUUGUCAAACUCAUCAUAGCAUAUCUACAUAAUUGUUUCUCUCAAAUAUGACCAGUUAUAACUGUUAUAUGAAAAGUCAAAACUGUUUUAUCCUCCUCAUACCCUCUAUAAAAUAUAGUUUACAUUAUCAAACAUAUGGUAACUCUUUACAAUCCAAUCGGAAUUUUUGUCAGUCUCUUUUUGUUCUCGUUAAAAUUCGCCGGUUUAUAGUUUGCUCCAAUAUAAUUAAUAUUUUUAAUUAUUUAAAGUUACUGAAUCAUAAUAAAUUUAGUGUUAAAAUGAUCAGUAUUGAUUAUUCUAUAUAAUUAUUAAAUAAAAAGAUCAGUUACCAGCAAUAGUAAAGUGAAAAUUUAGAAAAAAGUUUGUGCAAAUUUUCAUACAUCACGUUGUUAGUAAUCGUGUAAUGAAAUUUUAAUACAAGCCAAAAAAAAGAAGAAGAAAAACAAGA